GGUGGCGCUGCUCCCUACCCGCCCUGCCUGGGCCACCUGGGCUGGCUGCUGCACCUCUGUCCCGUGUGCACCGCGGCCACCACGGCUGCCAGUCCCUGACCUAACUACCGAGUGUACCAUGCAGUGCCUGGGCGCCGAGUACGUGGUUUCUGCAGAGGAAACGCCCAGGCAGAGAGAGUGGCGACCCCAGAUUUAUAGGAAAUGCACAGAUACGGUGUGGCUAGCCGUGUUCUUUCUCUUUUGGACUGGUUUGGUUUUCAUCAUGGGCUAUUCGGUUGUGGCUGGAGCAGCAGGAAGACUCCUUUUCGGCUAUGACAGCUUCGGCAACGUGUGUGGCAAGAGGAACUCCCCAGUGGAAGGGGCCCCCCUCUCAGGGCAGGACAUGACUCUCAAAAAACAUGUGUUCUUUAUGAAUGCCUGUGAUCUGGAAGUCAAAGAUCGAUGGCUUGGUCGCACAGCCCUGUGUGUAUCCAGAUGUCCUGAGAAGCAGUUGGACACCCUGGAAGAGGUCCAGCUCUUUGCCGAUAUCAAUGGCUCUUUCCUGUGUGUCUAUAGCUUGAAUUCCUUCAACUACACUCAGAGUCCAAAUGCAGAUACAUUAUGUCCCAGGCUCCCCGUUCCUCCGAGUAAGUCCUUCCCCUUACUUCAUCGGUGCAUCCCUCAGACUCCCGAGUGCUACUCCUUAUUUGCGUCAGUCUUGAUAAAUGAUGCUGAUGCUCUCCAGCGGACUCUAAGUGGAAUAAUGGCGGGAAGAGACACCAUCCUCGGCUUGUGUGUCUUCACAUUCGCCUUGUCUCUGGCCGUGCUGUUCACUUUCCGAUUCAUCUCCACGCUUCUGGUCCACAUUGUCAUUUCGUUGGUCAUUUUGGGAUUGCUGUUUGUCUGUGGUGUCUUAUGGUGGUUAUAUUAUGACUACACCAACGACCUCAGCACAGAAUUGGACACCGAAAGGGAGAAUAUGAAAUGCAUGCUGGCCUUCGCCAUCAUCGCUACAGUCAUGACGGUAGUUCUCCUCUCCUUGAUUUAUACCCUCAGAAAGAGAGUGGAGUUGACAGUUGAGCUUCUCCAAGUCACAAAUAAAGCCAUCAGCAGCUGUCCUUUCCUGCUGUUCCAACCUCUGUGGACAUUUGCCGUCCUCAUUUUCUUCUGGGUCCUCUGGGUGGCGGUGCUGCUGAGCCUGGGAACCGCCGGUACUGCCCAGGCGAUGGAAGGUGGCCAAGUGGAAUACAAGCCUCUUUCAGGCAUUCGGUAUAUGUGGUGGUACCAUUUAAUUGGCCUCAUAUGGACUAGCGAAUUCAUCCUUGCAUGCCAGCGGAUAACUAUAGCUGGAGCAAUGACUACUUGCUAUUUCAACAGGAAUCAAAGUGACCCUCCUGCCCAUCCAAUCCUUUCGUCUCUCUCCAUACUUUUCUGCUACCAUCAAGGAACGGCGGUAAAAGGGUCAUUUUUAAUCACUUUGACAAGGAUCCCAAGAGUCAUUCUCAUGCACAUUUAUAAUACCCUGAAAGAGCCGUGUGGUGCGUGGUCAAGAGGUGUGUUCAGAUGCAACUACUGUGGGUUCAGGUGUCUUGCCAGACACCUGCAACAUCUCAACCAGAGCAGCGUGAGCACUUCAGGGGAAGGAUGCCAGGAACUUCCUCUAGCAAGAAUGAUGGAAAGAAGCCUAAGAGAACGUUCUUCGGUUCUCUCCAAUAGUAACCGAGGUCACAAAGCACCUGGGCAGCCUCUCUUUCUACGGCAGGGGUGGCUCUGCCUCCGGCUUCCCCUGCUGGCUGGCUCAGAGCUAUCCCUGGGCUGCCAGCUGUUGCAGGAGCUCUAGAGAGGCGUCUCCUGCUUGCAUGCUUUAGAGGGCAGUGCACAUGUGUGACCACAUCGACCCUUUGCAUGAAGGCUCAUAUAUGCACAGUGAUAAUCCCCCGCGCCCAGCUGUCUCACAGCAAAUGCUGCUACCCCUGCUUUAGAUAGACAGGAAUUAACGCUCCUCUUUGUAGGAGGCCCCAGACUGUCUGGACGAAAACCAGUUGAAUCCCCGUGCUUCCUGGUGUGUGGCUCAGGAGCUGCUGCUGGGUAGGAAGGGCUUUGUGUGCCGGUCCCAGGCCUGGCUCACACCUGCUGUGAGCAGGAUGCAAGUGUCAGGGCUUAAGAGGGCGAGGCCCUACAGCACUCUUCUCUAAGUGGGCCUGGGUACACCCUCAGGGAGCAGCUGCCACCUUAGACAAGACUGACGUCCUUCCCCAUUUGAGAUUCUAUUUUAAGAGCUGAACAAUUGAGAUUUAUUAAAAGAAGGAUUGCAUCACUAUCAGGAAAGGGGGCAGUGAUAGAGGGGUAUUGGGGCAAGCAGGCAUCUCUGCUGGGAGGUGAUUGUACUCAGCACAAAUGGCUUCAUACACACACACACACACACACACACACACACACCCGCGGGGCCCCAGUGUGCAGUGGAUGGAUGGAUGCUGUGUGUUGUGCACUUACAGAUACUGUGCUGGGCACUCUUGCUUCACCUGUAUUAACUAGAGUCACCUCAUCCAUCAGCCCUUGAGAGAUGCACUGUUAUUAUUCUGAUCCAAACAGAGAAGAACACUUACUGAGCCAUUAGACAGAGGGAAAGUGAGAGUUGCCUCUUGAGGGUGGGAAGACACAAUAGGCCUUUCUUCUUCCUUAUCAAAGUUCAAAACAGUUGAACACCAAAUUAGCUGGCUGGAAAAUGCAUCCCCUAUACAGCUUGUUAAUAGUUCACCCUAAGUCAGAAGGACCAGGUCACCCUUUUGCAAGCCUUACCCACAGAGAGCAAGCUGGAGUUGAAGGAAUGCAGUUUCUGUGACAGCAGGACACCCCCACACACACACCCCACCCCCAACAGAGUCAGAAGAAGGUUGAGCAAGCCUGUGCUCUGCUCGCCAUCUCACACACACUGGCUCCCAAAGUCUGCCUCUUCCCCAUGGAGAAAUGAGGUAUGUUCUCCCAAAGGACAUUCUUGGCCACCAAACAAAACCGGGAGAAUCUGGGUGACCUCGACUCCAGGAUGGAGACUUGGGUUUUCACCAGCCCUGGGGUAUGCCUACCACAGGCCAUGUCCUCAGAACCCUAGAUCUUCAGACAUCAGGAGACACCUUCCCUUCAUUAUAGCAAAAUAUGUAGGCCAGAGGACUUGCUUACUCAUCCAAAGGUAGAUGGUGAACAGAUUUCUUUCAACCCUCAUCCCUGUCCUGUGUCUUCUCUUGCCUUCCAUGCUUCACUGAGAGGCUGAGGAUAGGCAAGUGUGUCCCCGUAUACAGUGUGACCCAAGAACAACUAUAUGGAGAUUGCCCCACUCACAGGGGCAACAUAGAAGACAGACCUGUGCUCCUAGGGCAGAAGGGUAAGGAAUGUUUGGGUCCUUGGCAGACCAGGAUCUCCCCCUGAUGAUGAGACCAUACUCUCAGCUUCCUGGUCCAAGCCUCUCCCAUCCCCCUUCUUCCCUCCUCAAAGGCAGUGGCCUCUGUCUACCGUUGUUCUCUGUUCUUCACUCCUUACUUCUCUUGGGCCUGUGUCCAUAUUUCCAUUUCCCCAGGACUGGGCUAGAAUAAGAAUUUGGUUUGAGUCAGCUAGAUCUCGACCUGAGUAAUGUACUGUGGGACUCAGGAUGGUUCCCUUCACCCCGUUAGCCUCUGUUUCCUCAAAUAUAGAGCAAAAGUCUCAAUGGCUACCCCAUGGACAUGAGGGAUGGCUACAUAAGUUAACACACGAUAUUUAAGUGUGCCGUCUGCCUCUCCUUACGUGGUCUAUAAAUGUUAUUUGCUAUAAUGAAGGGACAGUAUCUUCUGAUGUCUAAUGUGCUAGGGCUCUAAGGACCUACUAGCCUGUGGAAGGAAUGCCCCCAGUGGACGAGUGAAAAUCUAAGUUUGAAUCCUGGAGUUGAGGGUCACCCGGAUUCUUCUGGUUUUGUUGUUCAAAUAGGGGGAAGGGAGGAUUUAGUUACUGUCACUUACCAAUUCACCAAAUAUUAGCAGUCUGUGUGCUAGAGAGGUUGAUGGUUAAAGCACAUUUUCUCUUAGUUCUAGGCUGGCAUGUUUAGAUAAGACAGAAGACAUUAACAUUGCCAUCACCAACCCAUCGCUGAGUGUGGGAGCAUCUGGGUGUAUCUAUCUAUUCUGUGGCACUCGAAGACUGCUGAGUUGUGGGGUUAUCCAUUGCAUCCUCUCUGUUGGGAGGUGAGGUAUCAGUAUCCAUGGAGGGCUUCUCCUACAAUGGUUUUCUCUUACCACCACCGUAUCCAUCACUCAUUGAGGAAGCAGAACUGCUCUCUUAGAGUAUUGCUUUCCCUUCUUACAUUCGAAAGCAGCCUGGUAUUUCCCCAACUCCACAGUCCAGCACUUCCAUCCAAGCUGAGAUCAGGAUACAGAGUGUGCCUGUGGCUGGAGAUUGAGAAAAUCAGCCCGCCCACCCAGCCCAUCAGUUCUAGGAGGUAGGCGUGUCUGACUGCAUCUUCGGCAUCAAGGCUUUGUCACUGCAUCCAUUUCUUGUCCCUUCCUUUCUUUUUUUUUUCAAGACAGAGUCUCACUGUGUAGCUCUGGCUUUCCUGUAACUUGCUAUGUAGACCAGGGUAGCCUUGAACCCACAGAGAUUCACCUGCCUCUGCCUCCUACAUGCUGGAAUUAAAAGCAUGCACCACUAUGCCUGGCUAUCGCUCCCAUUUUUCAUCAGGAAGAUUUGUGACAUAACAUUGGCCUAGCAUGGGUAACUAGGACUGUUCCCAGAAACAUAAGCCUAAAAAGUCACCCUACCCAAGGGACCAUCAUUUCUUAAUGAUGAGACUUCCUGUAUGAGUCUGAGCUACACGUAAAGCACAAAGCCACCAAUUUAUGCUCUUACCUUCCCAUCAGACUAUGUCUUAGAUAUGACAGAAGUAGUAGAUGGAACCACUUGGGUUUUUAACUUCAAUCUAUGAAAACUCCCACUGAAGUCAGCAAAACUUAGUUUCUUUAUAAAUAAGAGCACGUUGUGACAGUGUUUGGACGUGGAAGAUCUGGCAGCUAAAGAAGCAGAUCUUCUCCUGCAAUCUUCCCCUCAGCAGCUUUGUGUCUGUGGUAGGUGCCCUGAUUGCAUCUGAAGAUAGACCAUCCUCUGGGUUCACAGGUAGGGAGGAAGGGGGGCGCUCAGAAUGCACGAAGAACGUUUGACAGUCGAACACUACCCCAAGUGCUAAAGAAAUGUAAAGACUAUAGAUCAUUGUUGACGUUUCCCAAGUUUUUAGCAUGGGAAAUAGAAUUAAACUAUCAAGUAGCUCCUACCACAAAUCUAAUCUUCCUUGUGAUAGAGAGCAGGCUUCUUCGUGCCAUCUCGCUUUGUGUCUUCUGAACACAAGCUAUUGUCAGAGGCUUCUUGAGACUCCUCCAAGGUCCUUACUUGCCCCUCCCUUUCCUGCCUUCUCAGCAAGGCAUCAGCUGUAGGUACAUUCCUCAGCUGCUCUCCCUCCGUUACCUCUGUCUUAGACGUUGGGAAGGAAGUGGUCGGUCAGAGUCUGGAGAAUGCGCUCAUUAGGGAAACAAAUGAGAGGAGGCAUGAGUCAGAAUGAUUGGGAAUAAAGAAGUUUUGAUUUGGCAGUCACUUAUUCUUCCUGGAAUCCCACGAGGCUCUCACCCCGCCUGGGCUUCAUAUUCAAUGAUUUUUCGCAUGAUUGUGAACCAAAGACCAAAACUCAGAUGUGUAAGAAACCCUGUCUCAAGUCCCAUAACCCAAGAUUGAGCUCCCAUUCCAUUGGAUGGGCAGAAGAGUGAAUUGCUAUUCUUGGGCUUUUAUGCAAGGAUUCAGGGGUACCCAGGCAUCAGUUGUUACAGGUUGGCUCUUGGGAAAAUCAUAUUCUUGUCUUCAUGACUCUUUGGACCAUCUCUGGGAAACAGGAUUCUUUUAGAAAGCCACGACAUAUGGUCUUAUAUGCCCAGAUAUGUGAGCGGGCCGUUACAGUCAUCUAAAAGAACACAUAUCUGCAACUUCCUCUUUCUUAGACAAAUAGAGGCCCUGUCAGUGGUCACAGAAGGCCCUUAGCAUUUGCUUGCUUUGCUAAGACAAAAACCUCUAAACCACCAACCUCUGGUCUUAACCGCCAACCUCUGGUCCCUUGUCCCCAGCCCAUCGAGGUUUCCUUCUGUGGGUGGAGAACGAUCAGGUCACACACCUGCUACUGCAAGACAUUCAGAUCAUAUUGGAAAGCUUUUCCCUUCACUUUACUCAUUGCAGGGAAGGGCUCAAAAGGUUCAAAGCUGGGGGAAGGGAAACUAGUAAAAGUGGUAGAUGGAUUAUCUUUUUGCCCUUACUCUGCACUUAGCACCUCAGGAGAAUGAAUAAAACCCAAGUCCUGCAGGGAGGAGAGAAAGGAGGAAAUCACAGGAACAAGAACAGGUAACACGCAUGCGCCUGGAGAGACAGUGAGCAGCCCUUCGGCUAAGAGAUUCAUCUCUCUAGACAUUAGGAAACAAGUGCUCUGAAAAGCAGGCAAGGGAAUGGUGUUGAUUAAAUUUAGUUCCAUUCGAUUUCUUAAGUGGGCGGGGUUGGGAAGUUUCUAAAAGCUUCCGCAGUUGGAUCCGGUCUUUGACAGCAGUUGUGGUUUCAUCCGCCCACUCCUUUUGCCUUUCAUGGGAUGCUUCAGUUGGCACCAGGGUGGAGUAAAGAGCGCAUUAGUGAGAUUGCAUUAUCUGAGGAAUGAGACAGCUGUGCUAAAUGACUUCAUCAGGACGCAUCCCAGUGUGAGUGGAGAAGCUGUCUUAGGGUGUUUGUCAUGCCACACUUCUCACCAUAAAUGCGACAACAAAGAAAGUUGGGGAGGUCCAAGGAACAAGAGGCUGCUGCUCUCCUUAAGUGCCCUACUCUAGUCUGGAUCUGGGAGCUUGACCAAAGCAGACCUUCCACACAUGUCUAUGGCCUAAAGGAUGACCAUGAGGCCCGUGUGGUCUUAACACUAGACCAGGGUCCAUGCUGAAUUCAUAAAGCUCUGUCAUUUGCAAAGAGUAGUCGGGAAUCUGAAAGAGAAAAAAAACAUACUAAUUCAAAAGAGCUGCCCUUGUCAGGAGAACAGCUUUCUGAGCAGAUGUACCAGUGGACAGGAGGGGUUGAAAUGGAAAGACCAGUGGCCAGGCUUCGGAGGUUCAGAAAGAAGGCAUCUGUCAUGCAAAAAACCAUCAUAACUAAGAUGCUGCAGUACUAGCAUAAACAAUGUUAGAUAAAUAUAUAGACUUCUGCAACAGAAUAGAGAGGCUAGAUAAAUUGCUCACAUAUGGCUAGAGACACCAAACUAUAUCAAUUAUAUCAUAGAGAGAGGACCAUCUUACCAACAAAUGUUCUUGAGAAAACUGGGAAUCUGCAUGCAGAAGACUCUCAUUACGUGGCAUUCAAAACCCAACUCAUUGUGGAUUUUUAACCUGAAAGACCUAAAGCUAUAAAGUCCUGGGCUGGAGAGAUAGCUCAGUGGUUAAGAGCACUGACUGUUCUUCCUAAGGAUCUAGAUUUGAUGCCCAUCUCCUACAUCACAACUCGUGAUCACCUAUAACUCCAAAUCUAGACCGUUUUGUGGCCUCUUUGUGCAGUUCACACACAUAGAGAACUUAUAUGCAGGCCAAACACCCAUACACAUUAAAUUAAAUAAAUAGAUUAAAAAAUUUUUAACUAUAACAUUUUCUUCUUCCUGGAAGAAAACACAGGAAGGGAGUGGGAGGCAUUGGAUAUAGCACCAGUUGUUCAUAUGUGACAGAAAAGCUCAGGGCAAAGAUAAAGUAAAUAAAUAAAGAGGUCUGUCUUAAAGAGCUCACUGCACACUCCAGGCAACAAUCUUUAAAAUGAGCAAAGUAUUUGAAAAUAUAUACAUCCAAAGGAUCUACACAAAUGUCCAAUAAAUGCAUGAGAAUAUAAUCAACAACACCAAUCAUUAGGGAAAUGUAAAUUAAGGCCAUGAGAUUUCACUUCAUGCCCAUGAAGUAGGUGACUCUAGAUCAUAUAAUUAUGAGUGUUGCCAAGGAUGUGAAGUUGAAGCCUGUGUAUACUAUUGAUGGGAAUAAAAAAUCUGGAAAACAACAUGAAGUUUCCUCAAAAACAUUAAAAAAGAUUCACCAUAAACUCCAGCACCCUACUUCUGGUAUCCAUCCAAAGGAAUUCAAAGCAGAAUCUGAAAGAGCUGUGUGCAUAGCCAUGCUCAUCCCAACACUAUUCAUAACAGCCAAUGGUGGAAGAAACCAGUAUGUUCAUACAUGGGCAAACAGAUAAAGGGAAUGAUUAUAUGCCUACAGAAAAAUAUUAUAAAGCCUUUAAAGGAAAGCAACCCUAUCACAUGCCACACAAGGAUGAAUUUUGACAAGAUUAUACUAAGUUAAAUUGUAGCAACUCUUUGUACCACCAGCUCCCAAAUAACAACACUGAGACUUAUUAUUAAUUAUGAAAAUUCAGCCUUAGCUUAGGCUUGUUUCUAACUAGUCUUUAUAACUUAAAUUAACCAAUUUCUAUUCAUCUACGUGUUGCCAUGUGGCUCCUGGAUCUACCUCUCCUUCUGUAUGUCCUGUUUCCUCUCCAUGUCCUCUAGCAUCUAUCCCAUGACUAGAUUCAUGUCCUCCUCUUCUCUCUCUGCCCGGAAGUCCACCUAACCUCUUCCUGUCAUUCAGCUCUUUAUCACACCAAUCAGAAGGUGCCUUGGCAAAGACACAUCUUUACAGUGGACAAAAGAGAUUAUUCCACAACAUUAAAUAGUUCGUUUUAAAAGGACAAAUGUCUUAUCUUUUCAUUUGUAUUAACAGUCCUUCAUCACUGUGACAAAAUACCAGAGAGAAACAACUUAAAGGAGGAAGGUGUUAUUUUGGCUCGUGGUUUUCAGUCAGUGCUAACUUGGCUCUGUACCUUCUGGGUUCAGCACGGUGAGGCAGAACCUCAUGGGGGAGUAUAUGAAGGUGGCUCACUUUGUGGUGGACAGAAAGCAGAGAGAAAAAAUGGAGGAGUAAGUGCCUAGGGACAAGAUAAGCACUUCAAAGGCACAACCCCACCUCCUAGUAGAACAUUUAACCAUGAAGUCAUCCAUGGGGUAAUUCACUGAUGAGUUUAUAUCAUAUAAGCCUUCAUUACAUGAGUCUUUGGGGUCAGGGUGGAGAGGACAUCUGACAUCCAAAUCAUAAUACCGCCAUGUGAAAUAUCUAAAGAAGUUAAAAUUUGUAGAAAUGGAAGGGAGAAAAGUGGUUACUCAGGACUGGGAGAAUACAUGUUUUGUUGAUAUUGAGUGUCCGCGCUAUAAAAUGAAACAGUUCUAGAGAUCUGUGCACAACGAUUUAUAUGUGCUGUUAACCUGAUAUCCCAAAACUGGUUGAGAUGAUAGAUUUAAUGCCAUAUGUUAUUUUGUUUUUUUUUCUUUUUGUUUUGCUUUGUUUUGUUUUUGAGAUAGGGUUUCUUUGUGU